AUGGCCACCGCGACCAACCGCGUCCUCCGCGUCGCACUCCGCGGAGACAGCAUCCUCACCCACUCCCGCUUUAACAAAGGCACCGCCUUCACCCACUCCGAGCGCAAGGCCUUCGGCAUCACCGGCCAUCUGCCCUACCGCGUUAACACCCUCGAAGAGCAAUGUGCGCGGGCGUACGACCAGCUCAGUACUCGCGAUGAGCCGCUCCGGAAGAACACCUUUAUGCAGAGUCUCAAGGACCAGAACUGGGUUCUCUACUACGGACUGCUCAGCAGGCACGUCAAAGAGCUCAUCCCGAUCAUAUAUACCCCGACCCAGGGCGAUGCCAUCGCGCACUACUCCCACUUAUUCCGCAGGAGUGAGGGUCUCUACCUGUCGUUCCCCGAACAGGAUGCCAUGGAGGAAGAGUUCCUGGAGUACACGAACGGACGCGACAUUCAGCUCUUCGUGAUCACAGACUCGGAAGCAAUUCUCGGCAUCGGUGACCAAGGAGUCGGCGGAAUCGGUAUUGCAACCGCAAAGUCCGCGAUAUACACACUGCUUGGGGGAAUGGACCCAUCGAAAACUGUGCCCGUGGUGCUCGAUGUCGGAACAGACAACCAGGAGCUCCUGCAUGACAACCUCUAUGUUGGUUGGUCAAAUAGUCGCGUACGAGGAAAGGCCUACGACCGAUUCGUGGAUCGGUUCAUGCAGCUGGUGCAAAAGCACUACCCCCACAGUCUCGUGCAUUUCGAAGACUUCGGGGUCGGGAAUGCGCAACGUCUAUUAGACCACUACCGUAGUAAACACUCAGUCUUCAACGACGAUGUUCAAGGAACCGGGGCGGUCACCCUGGCGGCUAUGAUGGCUGCAUGUGGCGUUACCAAAACCAAGCUCUCCGAGCAGCGCUACCUCGUCUACGGCGCCGGCACCGCCGGGCUCGGGAUCACCAAGCAGCUGCGGGACGGCAUCAUGUCUAUCGACCGCCUCUCCCGCGAAGAGGCCAACAAGCGCUUCUUCCUGCUCGACCGCUACGGACUCGUCAAGGAGUCGCUCGGGCCGAGCCGCAUCCGCGACUCCCUGCGCGAGUACGUGCGCCCCGACGCGGAGUGGGCGGACGUGCAGCCAAACGACAAGGGCGAGAUCGGGCUGCUCGAGGUCGUGAAGCACGUGAAGCCGACCGCGCUCAUCGGCUGCUCGACGCACGCGGGCGCGUUCACGGAGGACGUCGUGCGCGAGAUGGCGCGCGGCGUCGAGCGCCCGAUCAUCUUCCCGCUCUCGAAUCCCAGCAGGCUCGUCGAGGUCGAGCCGCGCCUCGCGAACGAGUGGACGGACGGGCGCGCGCUCAUGGCGUCCGGCAGUCCGUUCCCCCCGUGCAAGAUGCCGAACGGGCGGGACUACCCCAUCGCGGAGUGCAACAACGCGUUGAUAUACCCUGGGCUUGGGUAUGGGGCGAUGGUCACGCAGGCGCGGCGGCUCUCGGACACGAUGAUCAUCGCGGGCGCGCGGCGGCUCGCGUCGCUCUCGCCCGCGCUCUCGGACCCGGACAACGCGCUGCUCCCGGACUUCUCGGACGCGCGCCAGGUGAACACGGAGGUCGCGGUCGCGGUCGCCGAGCAGGCGAUCGCGGAGGGCAGCGCCGGCGUCGACUGGGACCGCGAGGAGGUGCGCGACCGCAUCGCGGAGCGCCAGUGGAUCCCCGAGUACGCGGACUUCAUAUACGACCCUGUAAAUGGCGAGGGCCGUGUGCACUAGGGCGUGCUAGAUGGCUGAGGCGUAGACUUAGACUAGACUUUGCGCGGUAGCGUUGUCGUAGAGUUUCCUUCUUGUUUUUAUGUGUUUAGAAGUACCUUAGGAUCGGACUUUAUGCUAUCGACGCUGUCCC